AUGCAAAACCGAAUUACAAAUGCUAAUCAAAAUUAUAAAAUAUUUGCCAGGGUUAGACCAAUUGAUUACUAAUAGAAGAUGGUUGAUUUCACUAAUGAAAGCAUUUCAAUAAGAGUAGAGAAAAUAUUUUAUUUUAGGAUCCAACUAAUAAAAAUGCUGAAAGCAAGAUUGUUUCAUUUUCUUCUGUAUGUACUACUUAGGAACAUGCCUUUAAAGUUAUUGAGCCUAUGUUACAGAAAUUAAUUGAAGGUCAUAAUUCUUGUGUUUUGAGUUAUGGAUAAACUGGAAGUGGGAAGAGUUACACAUUAUUUGGAUAGGAAGGUGAAGAAAAUAAACCUGACAAAAAGGGUAUUAUAACAAGAGCAAUGGAAUAUCUUCUUUCUAAAUCAUAAGAAUUUGAAGAAAUUCGAGAAUUCGUAAUAACUGUUAGUAUGGCUGAAUUAUUUUUGGAUUAAGUGAGAGAUUUGGGUAAGGCAUAUUAAUCCCGUUAAUCUGGGAAUGCAAAUCAAAUAAUUUAGAAUUAUGAGAAUGAGAAUCUCACCAUAUAUGAAAAUACAAAUGGAUAAAUAAUGAUUAAAGAUCUUACAUCAGUACCAAUAAGAUCUGCUUAAGAAUUGACUGAUAUGAUAUAAAUGGGUUUUUAAUUAAGAGAGAAAUUAGAAUAGUAAAGUAAAUAAUUUGGAUAGAAGUGUCACACAAUUAUAACUUUGAAUUUGGUUUAAAAGGAUAAGGAAAAUGAGAAUUUACCAUUUAUGAAUGCAUUCAUUUAAUUUGUUGAUUUGGCAGGAUCAGAAAGAAUAGCAAAGAGUUUAACAUAAGAAGGAUAGUUCUAGGAGGCAAUUUUAAUUAAUUAAAGUUUGACUGCCUUAUCAAAAUGUUUGACUGCUAUUUCUCAAAUGAAUUCUAAAAAUAUUCCAUACAGAGACUCUAAGUUGACGAGGAUCUUAUAAAAUUGUCUCAAUAGUUAAAGUUAAGUAGCAUUAAUGGUACAUAUAAAUCCAAAUGAAAAUAAUUUUGAAGAAUGUUUGUCUGCUUUAUAAUAUGCAGAAAGGACUAAAGGGGUGACAGCAGCUUAGCCUAUUGAUGAUAAUCCUAAUUAGCCUGGUCCUUUUCCUGGUUAAGAUAAAUUGAUUAAGAAAUUGUAAGAUGAAAAUACUGAAUUAAAAUCGAAGAUAGAUUAUAUGUAGAAGGAACAUAAAUAAAAAAUAUCAGAAAUUUAAACAUUAUUAGGAAUUGAUGUAGAUUUAGAGAAACUCUUUGCUAAAUCAAGUGCUUAAGAAUUAUAGAAAUUCAAAAUUUAGAAGGAUGCUAUGUAGAAAGUAGAAACUCUUUAGAAUUAUGUAAAAGAGGCAGAUUAAAUGAUUGAUAAAUUGUAGAAGGAGAAAGAAUAAUUAAAAAAAGAUGAGAAUAUUAAAUUAGAAAGAUAGUAAUGCAGGAUUAUUGAAUUAAAUGAAGAUAUCAAAAAGUUGAAAGAAGAGAAAGCAGAAAAGAAAUAAUAAUUAGAAUAAAUUGAAUAAGAAAAAAAUGAUAAGAUUUUAGAAACAGUGAAAAAAUAAUUAAAGGAACAUUAAGAAGUGAUUGAGAAGAAGGUCAAUGUUAUUAUAAAUUUACCAUAAUCAAUUUAAGCCAAGACUUAAGAAGUAUAAAAACAUGAAGAUAUUAAAAGAUUAGCAAAACUUGAAUUAGAAAAAGAGUAAGAAUUAUAAUUAUUCUUAAUUAGGUAUAAAUAAUAAAUGGAAAAUUUAAAGGCAGAAUAUGCAAAGUUUUUAUAAGAUAGUACAGAUUAAUAUGAAAAAUAUUUACAAAAAAAAAAUGAAGAAAUAGAUCACUUUAUUCAUUAAUUUAAAAAAUAUUAAGAAAAAAAGAAGUAAUCAUUUAAACAUUAUUUUUAUAGAAUGUAAAUAAGAGAUAUGAAGUAAGAGUUAUUUGAAUUGUAUGAGAUUGUUACAAAAACAUUUAGAGUUAUAGAGAAAAUAGAGAAUGGAGCAUAUAGUUCUGGAAUAAGAUCAUUUAAUAUUCCAGCAAUGGAUAAACCAAAUAUUCCAACUAGAAACAAAUUUAAAAAGUAUAUUUAUUUAUUAACUUUAUAGUCUAUUUAAAUAUCUUGAUUAAAGAAGUUUAAAGAAUACUAAAUAAGAUGGAAUCAAAGAAAAGGUCCUUUUGAAACCUUUGUAAAUGUCAUAAUUUCUACUCCAUAAUGAUAUCAAAAUGAAUCUUACAGAAAUGCAAGAACCUACACUUAGAUAGUUUGCUAGUAUGAUAAGAGAUGAAUUAGUCUAAGUUUUAGCAAGAGAGAAAGAAUUGUAGAAAAGAGUUAAUGAAUUAGAGAUGCUUCAAUCAAAUAAUGAUUUAAACACUUUAAUCAAAGAAAGAGAUGAAUAUAAAUAAUUGUACUUAUAAGAAGUGAAAAAAGUGAAUUAAUCAAAAAGAAUUAUAUCUGGUAAAUUUGAAUCUCAACCUAAUGUUUUGAUUAGACCCUUAACUUAAUAACAUUCAAGAUAUAGAUUAUGA